UGCCAGGAAGUUCCCACCGAAAAAAAUGGGGAGAUGCCAGGAAGCUGCGAACGACGAGUAGCCCCGAUUCUCUCUCUCGUUUAUUCUCCAUUAACGUCUCUCUCUCUCUCUCUCUCUCUCUCUCCCAUUUCUCAGCUCCUCCAUCAUUUAUAUAUAUAUAUAUAUAUGUAUGUAUGUAUAUUCGGCUCCUCCUUCUUCCUCUCCGCAUCUCUCCCUCUCUCUCUCUCUCUCCGUCGCCAAUCCGGAGCCUCCCCGCGGAGAACCUGUCCAUAGCGGUCUCGGACAAUGAUGGUUUCAUCCGGCGAUCAUGCUACAGACAGGAGAAAUGAGGAUGAACAUUUACUUGAAGAAGAAUAGAAGUACAAAGCAAAACUUCUCUUACGGGGUUCGCUCCACUGGAGGCUGUUCUGUUCGAUGUUGAUGGCACUCUGUGUGAUUCUGAUCCUAUCCACCUUCAGGCCUUCCAAAUAAUGUUCCAAGAGAUAGGUUUCAAUGCUGGAGUUCCGGUCGAUGAGCAGUAUUUUAUAGAGAAUAUGGCUGGCAAGCACAAUGAUGAUAUUGCUAGGUUCCUCUUCCCAGAUGAUAUUCCUAGGGGCCUCAAAUUCAUGGAUGAUAAGGAAGCCGUGUUCCGAAAGUUGGCCGCAGAAAAAUUGACUGCCAUAGAUGGCCUUUACAAGUUGCGGAAGUGGAUAGAAGAUCGUGGGUUGAAGCGCGCGGCUGUCACUAAUGCUCCUAGGGCUAAUGCUGAAUCUAUGAUCUCACGUCUUGGUCUUUCCGACUUUUUCCAAGCUCUUGUCAUCGGGGAUGAAUGUGAACACGCCAAGCCCCACCCAGAGCCCUACCUGAAAGCUAUCGAACUGCUCAAGGUGUCCAAAGAACACACUAUAAUAUUUGAGGAUUCGGUUUCAGGGAUCAAAGCUGGAGUUGCAGCAGGAAUGCCUGCCAUUGGCUUGACAACCAGGAAUCCUGAACACCUACUGAUGCAAGCAAAGCCGACAUUUCUCAUCAAGACUUAUGAUGACCCAAAGCUAUGGGCUGCUCUGGAAGAGCUCGACAAGAAGAGCGCUUGAAAAUUCUUAGCCAGCAGUGCGGAAUUGGGUUAGUAUUAUCUCAGAGACCCGGUGACUCCAUUUACUUAGCUAUCAAGAGAUAAUGAUAGGUAAAUAAUUGCUCGAUCAUGAUGAUUCAACUUAGCAGCACCAUACAAAGGCAAAUGGAUUGCCCAAACCUGGGAAGGAGUUGUAUUCUUUCCUAUACUUGGAUUACUUGUAUGUAUGUUGAACCCACCAGUGUUUUUCUCCCUAUAAAAUGUCAGAUGUGCACUGUAAACACAUCCUUAAACAAUUAUUAAGCUGAUCUGUAAAAGUAUUACUGAGUUGCCCUCGGGAGGCAUAUGCAAUACUCGGAUUCUAUGAAAUUUUACUAGCCGGAUUUGAAA